AUGCAAGCAAAUGUGGGUCUCCUCAAAACCCUCAACGGGAAUCAUGGUGGAUGGACAACCUAUCGAAUGAUGGAUGAGUUCUGUUAUUUGGGGUGUAUGCUGAAAAACGAUGGCAGCUACGAGAGAGAUAUUCAGCAAAGAUGCGCUAAAGCUAACUCGGCAUUCAACUCAUUGACCAAAUGCCUGUGGUCGACUCCCAUCGCCAACGACAUCAAGCUGCUAGUCUACUUAUUCGCAAUUCACCCUAUUAUGAUGUACGGAUCGAAGACUUGGACAGCGCCGGUGACGCUGAUGAAAAAGCUUGACUGCAUGGAGUGA